UGUCAUUAUUGUCAAUGUCUUGUGUCAAGGUAGGCAACCUCGUGUUGAUUUGAUUGUAUGGAUAUUUUCGCAAUGUUUUUUCUAUAAAGAUUCUGUGAAAUUAAUAAAAAUCGAUUAUUUUUACCAAAUCUGUUAUGGCUACUACACAUCUCAAAAGUUUUAUUGAUAAGUUCGAUGGUUUCACGCAGAAACCUGUCAAUUACCUCGUCAUACAAGAUGGCAUAAAAGACGAUAUUAAAAACUUGGUAAAAAACUUGUACGAUUAUACUAAAUCGGAGGAAAAUAAUAAGAAAAAGAAGAGAGGAAGUGCCUUAACAAAGCUGAUAGUGGAGGGGUUUGAUGAAGAGCAGAUUUGGCAACAACUUGAGCUCCAAAACUCAGGGUGUUGGGACAAACUUGUUUUGGAGGUUGCGAAUUGUGUAUCCUCUAAAAACAACCUAACAUUCCCUGUUAAAGUAAAUAAGCCUAAAAAUCCUGAAGUUGAAAUAGACAGUGAUAAAUCACCCCCAGAGAGUGUGAAAGAUGACUCAGAUCAGGAAAAUAUUGAAGCUGAGAGUGAAAAAACUGAGAAUGAAAGUGAAAAAACAAAGAAAUCUUUUAAAAACGAGUCUAAAAAAGUUAAGGGAUCUAUUGUUGAUGAUAAGUUCUUUAAACUUAAAGACAUGGAGAAGUUCUUGUUAAAUGAAGAAAAGAAAGAAAGCGGCAAGAAAGUUUCAGAGAAAGACAGUGAUGAAGAAUCUAUUGAUUUAUUUGAUGAAGACGAUGAAGAUUCCAAUGAUGAUGAAGGUGGUAAUAACAUGAUGUAUACAGACUUUUUUGAUCAAUUGGAAGGUGAUGAAGGUGCCAUAGAAGACGAGGGAAAUGAAUAUGACGAACAAGUUGAUACAGUAGAAGAAUCAGAGGCUGAACCUGUUAAAUCUAAGCCUGACAAGAAGAAAGUAAAAUUUGCUGGCUUAUCAUCUGACGAUGAUAGCGAUGAAUCUACAGAAGAACCCAAUAAAUUAAAUGGAAAGACGGAGAGUUAUGAAAAGAAAUCAGAAUUUGAACAACGGCAGCAAAGACUGCAGCAGACUAUAGCUAGGUUAGAAGAAAAAUCUCUCAAGGAAGCUCCGUGGCAACUCAAAGGUGAAGUUGAUGCCGCGAAAAGACCACAAAACUCGCUAUUAGAAGAAGUAGUUGACUUUGACAUGACAAGUAGACCUCCCCCAUUAAUAACAGAGCAGACCACUUUAACUUUAGAAGAUAUUAUCAAACAAAGGGUCAAGGAUAAGGCUUGGGAUGAUGUUGAAAAGAAAGAAAAACCUGUUGAUGACCAACUGUCGUUCCGUAAGACCAAAAUUAUUGACCAAUCAAAAAGCAAACUUAGUUUAGCUCAAGUGUACGAGGCUGAGUAUUUGAAACAAAAGCAAGCAUUGUCCGGAGAAGUUGAGGAAGAAAAGGAACCUGAAAGUCACACAGAAAUAAGAGAGUCUAUGAGCAAACUGUUUGCUAAACUUAAUGCAUUAUGUAACUAUCAUUACACACCGAAAGCGCCACAAGCUGAAGUCAAAAUUGUUACCAAUACGCCGGCAAUUUCUAUGGAAGAAGUGGCUCCUGUGGCUACUAGUGACGCUGCAUUAUUAGCACCAGAAGAGGUCAAGAAGAAACAGAAAGGGGAUCUCAUAAGUAAAGAAGAAAGAACACAAACAGAUAAGAAUAGAGAAAGAAGGAAAAAGAAAAAGUUACAGAGACUUAAAGGGAAGGUAAUGAAAGUAACAGAACAUCGUAAUACAAAGAAGGGUGUGGAGAGUAAUGAUAAAUCUUUGAAGACAUCUAAAGCAUUCUUCCAACAGCUUAACGACGAAGCUGGUAGUUUAAUUAAGUCUAAGAAAGCUAAGAAUAAGGGACAAUAAAUGAAUUAAAAUUUUGAAAUGUU